UCCUCCACAAUUCCCAAACAAGAAAAAAACCAUUAAGCCAAAAUAAAACAAAAUGAAUUAUCCAAACCCACUUUAUGUACACUUCUCACAGUCACACACACCACCACCAAGCUUUUUCAACCUUAUUACCACCACUUCAAUUUCUCCAAAACCAUGGUCAUAUACCUCUCUCCCUCUCCACCUUCCCAUUCAACUUCCAUCACUCAAUUCUCCAAUUCAAAGAGACCCAUUUUAGAAUCUUCAUUAAGGCUCAAAACCCAUUUCUCAAAAUCACUUCUUUCUCCUUCAUUCACUUCCCCAAACGUGAAACUUACCACCAAGAAGCAGUUUUUACAUCAAAACAGAAACAGGGUUGUUGAUUUUAGAACCUCUGCUAUUGGUGGUUUUGAUUAUGGAAGCUUUGAAGGUCCUCAGUCUGUGCUUGAGGCUGCUGCUGUGCUGACAGCUAUCAUUGUUGUUCAUGAAAGUGGCCACUUUCUUGCUGCUUCUCUUCAAGGUAUUCAUGUGAGUAAAUUUGCUGUUGGGUUUGGUCCAAUUUUAGCUAAGUUUAAUGCGAAAAACGUUGAAUAUUCCAUUAGAGCUUUUCCACUUGGUGGAUUUGUAGGGUUCCCUGAUAAUGAUCCAGAUAGUGAUAUUCCUGUGGAUGAUGAAAAUUUGCUUAAGAAUAGACCAAUAUUAGAUAGAAUCAUUGUGGUUUCUGCUGGUGUUAUUGCAAAUGUUGUUUUUGCAUUAGUUAUUAUAUUUGUUCAAAUCCUUGCUGUUGGUUUGCCUGUUCAAGAAAUAUUUCCUGGUGUCAAUGUUCCCGAGGUUCGGCCCUUUUCGGCUGCCUCUCGAGAUGGAUUGCUUUCGGGGGAUGUGAUCCUUGAAGUUAAUGGAAAUGAGUUUCUUAAACCUGGUCCUAAUUCUGUUUCUGAAGUUGUUGAUGUCAUUAAGAGUAGUCCCAAGAAAUAUGUUUUGCUUAAGGUAAAGAGAGGGGGACAAGACUUCCAAAUUAGGGUAACACCGGAUGAGAGUUUCGAUGGAACCGGUAAAAUCGGAGUUCAGUUAGCUCCGAAUAUUAAGUUAUCUAAGGUUAGACCGAAAAACGCAGUGGAAGCUGUGACCUUUACUGCAAAAGAGUUUUGGGGUUUAUCGUCGAAUGUUCUCGAUGGGUUAAAGCAGACAUUUUUUAACUUUUCUCAGACGGCUAGUAAGGUUUCGGGCCCUGUAGCAAUUAUUGCUGUCGGCGCAGAAGUUGCGCGGUCGAACAUCGAUGGUCUGUAUCAAUUUGCAGCCAUACUCAAUAUUAACCUUGCGAUUAUAAACCUUCUUCCUUUGCCUGCUUUGGAUGGAGGAACAUUGGCGUUGAUUCUCGUCGAGGCUGCUAGGGGCGGGAGAAAGCUACCUAUAGAAGUUGAGCAAAGGAUCAUGUCAUCGGGAAUUAUGCUGGUUUUGAUUCUUGGGUUAUACCUUAUUAUUCGCGACACUCUUAACCUUGAUUUUAUCAAGGAAAUGUUGUAAUUGUUACGGAGUCAUGACACUAAUCUGCAAUGCUGUUGCGUCUGGUUCGUAGCCGAUGAUGUUUUAUCCGUAGAGGAGACAAGAUCAAUGUAAAUGGUUGACACGAGUUCUUCCUCUAGUGAUGUUAUACUUAUGCGAGAUGCAUCUUUGUUACGAAUUCAUUGAUAUGAUAGAAUCGAAUUUGUGGUUCUGGAAUAUCAAUUUACAAGUUACAAAUACUAGUUUUUAUAUUUAUUUUGCCUCAAAACGCAUAGAAAUACAAGUUUUAUUUGUGAA